UUUCUUUAUUCCCCGCCCACCUCCUCUCCACAUUGAUGGAUCGCCCCGCGACACAGGGACAUCCGAGGUAAUGAUGAUGUUUAGUCUACGGUAGGUGUUAGUAACUAUAGUCUAUAUUACACCAGAUUCAUAUAGACUCGUGCAGAAUGUCGGGUUAAAUUUAAGAAUUGGAUGUUCAGGAUAGCACUGCGUAGAAAGGAGCAAAAUGGUUGCCCGACAUAUCAAGACAGCUGGCCUCGUGGCAAACACCGCAAUUAACCGAAAUGUGGCAGAUAUCGUGAAAGGUGUAAUAGACGACAUCAAGGCUAACGGCGAUAAAGCUGUGAGGUCAUAUUCCGAAAAGUUCGAUAAAUGGUCACCGCCAGCGUUUAAGUUGACAGAGAGCCAAAUACAAGAAUGUAUAUCAAAUGUAUCAGCAGAAACAAUAGCAGAUAUCAAGGAGGCGCAGAAAAAUGUCCGGCGGUUUGCCGAAGCCCAAAGGGCAAGCAUCAAAGACUUUGAGGUCGAGAUCCAGCCGGGUGUGUUCCUCGGACAGAGAAAUAACCCUAUUAGCACGGCUGGUGCUUACAUUCCAGGAGGGCGUUAUCCAUUGCUUGCAUCUGCUCACAUGACAAUAUUGACUGCAAAGGUUGCUGGCGUCAAGCAUGUCGUUGCUUGUACGCCCCCUAUUUUAGGCCAGGUCCCCAAUGCUACUGUCGCAGCAGCACAUUUUGCUGGUGCAGACGAGAUCUUUUUGCUCGGAGGGACACAGGCCAUUGCCGCCAUGGCUCUAGGCACAGAAUCGAUUAAGAAAGUGGAUUUCAUCGCCGGCCCUGGGAAUCCUUUCGUUGCUGAAGCUAAGCGGCAAUUGUUUGGAGAGAUUGGUAUUGAUCUCUUGGCCGGACCGACCGAAGUUCUCAUCGUUGCCGAUGAGUAUGCGGACCCUUUUACGAUCGCGACGGACUUACUCUCCCAGGCUGAGCAUGGACCGGAUUCGCCAGCCGUAUUAAUUACCACUUCAGAGAAAGUUGGUCAGGAGACGAUCAAGUAUGUCGACCAGAUCUUAAAAGAUAUGCCGACAGCAGGGCUCGCGGGAACUUCAUGGCGAGAUUACGGCGAGGCGGUCGUAGUGGACAGCUUAGAUGAGGCAUACGAGCUCGCAGACGUGUAUUCGAGUGAGCACGUGCAAAUUCUAACGCGGAAUCCUCGAGAGGCUUUGGAGAAGAUGAAGAACUACGGCUCCUUGUUUCUUGGGGAGAAGACCUGCGUCUCAUACGGCGACAAGUGCAUUGGAACAAAUCACGUAUUGCCUACGCGGAAAGCGGGGAGAUACACCGGUGGACUGUGGGUUGGCAAGUAUCUGAAAACACAGACGUAUCAGGAGGUAGUAAACGAGAAAGCGAGUGGUGAGAUUGGGCGUCUUUGCGCACGAUGCUCGAGAGCUGAGAAUUUCGAAGGGCAUGCGAGGUCUGGAGACUUGAGGGCACAUAAAUAUCUCCACGAUGCGUAUCCUUGGAUCGACGAAGUUAGAAAAUAGGACCCUUAUAAGAUGUAGAGGUUAUUACUUAUACUGUUUA